CAGCCCCCUCCGGAGAAAACGCUGCUGCUACAAAUCAAAAAACGUCGGCGAAAACAUUCACAAACCAGCAAAAGCAAACACAAAGACAAAGACAAACAAAAUCCCACCACCGGCCGCGUGACGCGCCGCGCGCACGAGUGCCAGGCCAAACCCGUCCGUCCGUCCGCGCCCGGUGGCCAGCCAGCCGACGCGUCCAAGCCGCGCGCAUAUGCCGCCGCCCAGCCUGGCCGCCGCGCAGGACCAGGUCGCCGCUAACGCCGCCGGGAACGGCAUCGACGCGCGCCGCCGCGCGGGGAAGGGGAAGAAGGUCCACCCGCUGCCGGACGCCGGGACGACGAUGGGGGACGGCGUCGGCAUGGGCGGGGGAGAGAGCAGGAAGGGCAGGCCCGAGUGGAUGACCCCGGCGGGGGCGGCCGGCGUCCUGUGGCGGCACCCGCUGCCGGUGGUCUUCGCGUGCGGGCUGCUGCUCUUCAUGGGCGUGGAAUACACCAUCCCCAUGGUCCCGCACGCCGCGCCCCCGCUCGACCUCGGCUUCCUCGCCACCGCCGCGAUGCACGACGGGAUCGCCGCCAGGCCCUGGCUCAACUCGCUCCUCGCCGCGCUCAACACGGUGUUCGUGGCGAUGCAGACCGCCUACAUCCUGUGGGCCAUCCUCGCCGAGCAGCGGCCCCGUGCCGCCAUUGCCACGCUCAUGAUGUUCACCUGCCGCGGCCUGCUCGGCUGCUCCACCCAGCUGCCCCUGCCGGCGGAGUUCCUGGGGUCUGGGAUGGACUUCCCCGUCGGGAACGUGUCAUUCUUCCUCUUCUACUCCGGGCACGUCGCGGGCGCGGUGAUCGCGGCAGCCGACAUGCGUCGCGUGGGGCGUCUCCGGCUGGCAGCCCUAUACGACGCGCUCAAUCUGAUACAGGGCGUCAGGCUGCUAGCGUGCAGAGGCCACUACACCAUCGACCUUGCUGUCGGCGUCGGCGCAGGCCUCCUCUUUGACAUGCUCGCCGGCAGGUACCUGGACAGCAAGAACGUCGACAGCGGCGAGAACCGUUGCUGCAGCAGCUGCCAGAAGGCUCUCUUCUCACAGAAGCUUACAUCAUAGGCCCAUCAUCAAUGGCCUUGGCGUAUUACAGUGGAUUGGGCAUCGUCCAUGCCAUUUUUUAUGCAAGAGAAUUCACGUGCUACUUACUGAUACUUGAUUGUGUAAACAGUGUUUGUCCUAUGUGAGCUUUGACAUCUUCUGAAA